AGGACGCCUGUGACUUCCCAUUGCUGCCCUGCUCGCCCAGCCCUCGGCUCACACACAGCCCUGCACAAUCACGCUCACGCUCCGCUUGCUGCCCCAUGGCACCCCGUGUGGCCCCGCUGCUGGCUCUCGGCCUGCUGCUGCUCUGGACCUCCCCUGCUCUGGGUAGUGCUAAUGAUAUUGAAGACUGCUGCCUGUCUGUGACACAGCGCCCCAUCCCCAGGAACAUUGUGAGAGACUUUCGCUACCUCCUCAUCAAGGAUGGCUGCAGGGUGCCUGCUGUUGUGUUCACCACAGUGAGGGGCCGCCAGCUCUGUGCACCCCCAGACCAGCCCUGGGUGGACCGUAUCAUCCGCAGACUGCAGAAGACCUCUGCCAAGGCAAGCCUGGCCCUCCCCGGCCCUGCCUCCUCCCUCCAAGCCCUCAUCUAA